GGGAGCGGCACCGGGAGCGGGACCCGGCGGGGCGGGGACGGAGCCGCAUCCCGGCGGGCACCGCCGCAGCGCAGCAUCAGCGCCGGGAUUUGUAGGCCUCGAGGAGGGGCUGGCUGCUGGGAACGUGGAGGGAGCGUGGAAGGAAGGCGGAGGGAGCGUGGCUGCCGUGGGCACCUCGGCUGCUCACCCUGGAACCUCAUGAGAGCGUCACCACCUCCCCCUGACCCUCCUGUGGACAGUCCCUGGAGCACCUGCCCGCCGUGGCUGCCUGCCCACACCUGAGACACACACGUGUGCCCGCCCUGCCCACGCCUGAGACACACACGUGUGCCCGCCCUGCCCACGCCUGAGACACGUGUGCCCGCGCCGCAGCCCUGCCCAGCCCGCGCCGCUUCGCCCCACCCCUGGGGCCCGCUGCCAGGCAGGACAUGGACUCCAUGUUCGAGGACGACAUCAGCAUCCUGACGCAGGAGGCGCUGGGGCCGGACGAGGACUGGCUGGACAGCCCCAACACCGACCUGUCGGGGGAGAUGUGCUCGGCCUCGCACUUCGCCCUCAUCACCGCCUACGAUGACAUCAAGAACCGGCUCACGGGGCUGGAGAGGGAGAACUCCACGCUCAAGCGCCGCCUCAAGAUGUACGAGGUCAAGUACCCCCUGAUCGGCGAGUUCGGGGAGGAGCACAUCUUCUCCCUCUACGAGGCCAAGGAGACGUCGCUGCUCAAGAGCGAGAAGGCGUCGCUGCAGCAGCAGCUCAACCAGUUCCAGCACGAGCUGCAGAAGAGCAAAGAGCGGGAGGAGCAGCUGGAGGAAAUGAUCCAGGCGUACGAGAAGCUCUGCGUGGAGAAGGCUGACCUGGAGACCGAGCUGGGAGAGAUGCGGGCGCUGGUGGAGACUCACCUGAGCCGCAUCCGGAGCCUGGAGCAGCAGCUGCGGCAGCGCGACGGCGGCGCCUUCCCGGGGCUGGGCACCAUGCCCGGCCAGGAGGUGCCUUUCCUCAGCCUGCACCCCAACCCCGGGCUGAGCCACGUGCUGGAGCGCGCCGGGGGCUGGCAGAGCCGGGCCAUGGAGGCACAGAGCCGGCUGGAGGCCGAGCUGGAGGCGGCGCGGCAGGAGAACCAGCGCGCCCACCGCGAGGAGCACCUCAAGGCCGAGUGCGAGAGGCUGCAGGCGGAGCUGAAGCACCUGCAGGACACCCGGGAGCAGGUACGGGCGGGCCCGGCCGUCUGGGACCACCCCCGGACCGUGGUGGGUGGGUCUGGGUGCUGGAGCAGUCAGGCGGGACAUGGCCUGGGUGAGAAGGUGGGCGACGACCAGGUGAACCUGGCGCUGGCCUACACGGAGCUGACGGAGGAGCUGUGCCGCCUGCGGAAUCUCAGCUCCCUGCAGAGCCAGAUCCUGCGGGCCCUGCUGCAGGAGAAGGGCCUCAACGGUGGCCAGCGCCACUCCCCGCUGUCCCAGUGCCACUCCCCACUGUCCCAGUGCCACUCCCCGCUGUCGCAGUGCCACUCCCCGGCCCAGCAGCGCCGCUCGCCCGCCCCGCAGUGCCCCUCGCCCGCCCCGCCGGGGCGCUCCCAGUGCCAAUCCCCCGCCCCCUCCAACGCCGGCUCGCCGGGCCCUCCCAGCCAGUCGCCGGCCCAGCAGCGCCCGGCUCGCCAGCCCCCGGCCCCUGCCAGUCCCCGCGCAGCAGCGCCGGUCCCGGUGCCCCCCUCCAACCAGUCCCGGCGCAGCAGCGCCGAUCCCUCGGCCCCGCCGCCGCCUCCCUGCCCGUCCCCGGCCUCGGCGUCCCCGCACCGGCUGCGCGAGAGGAUGGAGCUGGGCUACGCCAAACCCUCCAGCCGCCACAUCAAGGCCGGCUUCCAGGGCCGCCGCAGCUACUCGGAGGCGACCAACGUGGCCUGUACCAGCAGAGCCGCCUCGCCGUGGCUGCAGCCCGAGGCCUCCACGCUGCCCAAGCACCGGCCCUACGGGGAGGUGUACCUGGGGGCCGGGGGCCCGCUGAGCGACCGCGAGCCCUUCGAGGAGCAGCACGUGCGCUUCGAGAAGCAGCAGUCGUCGGACGAGGAGGAGUGGGCCCUGCCCAGCCCGCCCAGCCCCGAGGCCGGCGCCAUCCGCUGCGCCUCCUUCUGCGCCGGGUUCCCCGCGCCCGACGCCGACGCCGUGCGCCGGGCGGCCGCUGCCUACGCCCAGGCGGAACACGCCCAGUCCUGGCCCUCCAUCAACCUGCUGCUGGAGACGGUGGACUCUGAGGUGAGGAGCUGCCCCCUGUGCCAGCUGGCCUUCCCCAUCGGGUACCCGGACGAUGCCCUGGUGAAGCACAUCGACUCCCACCUGGAGAACAGCAAGAUCUGAGCCUUCCCCCCGCCCAUUCCCGACCUUUGGAUGCUGCAUGAAAACACACCAGGAGCACCACGGCUCCCGAAAUACCUCCAAGUCUUCAGUAGCUACAGAAAGACUGAGCCCCCCCCACACACACCCCGGAGCCCCCUGAGCCCCCCCAGCCCCCUGCAAGUGGGUUCCUCGCCCCAUCCCUGUGUCCAUGCCAGGCUUGGAUGCUGGAAUUGGGGUGCCAGGAUCAUGCCACCCCAGGUGGUGGCCGGAGGGGACUUGUCUGUGCCCUUGGGUGUCCUCUGCACCCUUGGGUGUCGCUGCUUGAU